AUGUCUCAAAAUGGUUUAGGUUCUUUGAAUGAUGCUGCCCAGUACACUUCUAUAUGUCGCCUACUUAUUGAGAAACUCGCAGUUGUUCCCAAGGAAACAUUCAAUCCUGAAGAGUUUGCUGAAAUUCUUUGUUGUCUGGCAGAAAAUCGACGAAUUUCGCCUCAUUUUGUUGAACGAUGCAUGACAGCAGCAAACAUGAAGACAUGGAAAGCACCUUCCGAGAUUCUGCCUCCAAAUGCCGUUCCAGAAAAUAAGAAUGCAGAAGUACUUUUCCUUCGCAAUAACCGCGCAGUUUUGUUGAGUUCUGGGAUGCUCAGUCGGACUUUGGAAUUGCUUUGGCCUUUGGAUGCACUUUCCUUAUGUGAAGAACAAGAUUCACUAGUACUACAAAAUGCGGAUAAAGUCCAUAUCAUACUGCAAACUGACUGGAUCAAUAUUGAUUCCUACUGUCCACACAUUCCAACCCCAUUUACGGCUGCAGCUCUGGCUUGCGUUAACAGUGCACUUUCAACAUCUAGUUUUGACAUGGAAUUGAGUUGCUCUCUUCUUGAAAAUGUGGUACGAUCGUUUGCUCUUUCUUUGUCUUCUAGUCCAUCGACACUGGGACACCUAUUUAACUCUAUCGCGAAACUAUUGGGAAAGGCGUCGAAAAAUCGUAAUCAUUUGAUGCGAAUUGUGAAGUCCCUAGAAUUAAUUUCUGUAUGGAUCAACUUCACCUUAGCUAGACACAGCAAAUUGCCGUCUUCAUUGUGGAACGCAUUGGACGAGAUGUUAAGUAUAGUGGCGGAACAAAUGGAGAAUAGAGCCAAAGAAGCAGCCACUGGUGCAAAAGCUGUUCCGAUAGCUUCUCCUGAAGAAUCGUUAAACGAUGAGUCUGUAGCUGGGAACUGGUUGGAAAGCAUACUUGAACAAGUUCCUGCUAUGCUAGAUCAGCAAUCAGCUGUUCAGUCGCAAAUUGUAUCUGAAAUAGUUGAAAUAACCAAGCGAAUCAAGUUUCUUUUCCGCAUAGUCUCCAGUGUCAGGGAUGUCUCUCACUGUAAUGAAAGUAUCUCCAGCGUCUUCAAGAAGGUUCAAAACCUUUCUAACGCUGAUAUCAUCGAAUACCUUCAAAAUGCCUACAUCACUCUGUCUAAUCACAGCCUUCUUAGAUCGGAUUUACAGAAUCGAUUGCUCGAGGAAAUUUUGGCCAGUGAAAGUUCGCAGAAGGCAGCUUUACUGCAAACACUCGUUUCUGGAAGUAGUGGAAGUACUCGAUCCCAGCUUGUCGCUUCUAUCUUCAAGCAUGCAUUAGAGCAAUAUAGGAAAGCGGAUAGUUUGAAAAUCACUGAAAGAAUAUGUCGCGAAGAAUGUUCAGUGCUCGAAGAAUCAUCGCACUACUUAACAAAACAGUAUGCGAAGGAAUUUUCAAAGCAGGCUGUCUCCUUGCUGCAAGCAUUUUUAGCUGAGUAA